GUCUUACUUCAUCUGUACUUCCUGUUGUAGCUUAUGAUUCCCGAGGUUCUGCACGUGGAGGUCCCGAAGGAGAAGAUGGAGGCAGCCGUGGAGGAGCUGAGCGGCUCGCUGAAGCUGCUGGAGGAGAAGUUCCUGCAGGACAGACCCUUCAUCGCGGGGGGUCACAUCUCACUCGCCGACCUGGUCGCCAUUGUGGAGGUCAUGCAGCCUGUGGCCGCCGGCCUGGAUGUGUUUGGAGGUAGACCCAAGCUGAACGCCUGGCGGGACAGAGUGCAGGCUGCCAUUGGAAAGGAGCUGUUUGAUGAAGUCCACCAGAACAUCCUGGGAUCCCAAGAGACAGUGAAAGUGAUGGACGGCAGCAAGUUGGAGUUCUCCAAGGCCAAGAUCCUCAAAUUUUUCAUGUGAAGAGGACAACACUGCUUCAGUUACUGAUAGUCUCCAUACACACUAGAUACACAGUAAAAAUUCACAAUGCAUGCAUAAAGAAUCUUGUGUUAAGCCUGUUGAGGCAAAUCUGUCAUUUGUGCUUUCUGGCUGUAUAAAUAAAGCUGGAUUUGAAUUAUAA